CGAAUAAGUUGCGAUGUACUCAAUAACUGGGUCAUUUCUAAAGCAGCUGAUCUUUCCGUUCACCCGACUAUAUAAGCCCAGACGUUUGCAGUUUGAAAGUAUCAGUUGUUUCACUCAACCGAAUUCGACAUGAAGCUGUUUGUUAUCGCCGCUGUUUUGGCCGUCGCUGCCGCUGCUCCUUCCAGCUACAAGCAGGAGUACAAGCCACCCACCUACUCCCCACCGGCCUACUCCAAACCAGCCUACUCUGCCCCAGCUUACCCCGCACCUGCCUACUCUGCCCCAGCGUACAAGGAUAACAAAUACGCCGACAUCACCAUCACCAGCCAAUCUGAUGAGCGCAACCUCGAUGGCAGCAGCCAAUGGAGCUACGCCCAGUCCGACUACACCACCCGCGAGGAAUCCCAAGUCCAGAAGAAGAUGCAAGGCGUCGCAUACGACUCGUACGGCAAAGCCACCUACGAGGAUGUUAUGGGAAACACCAACAAGGGAUCUUCUUACUGGGUCUCCCCCGAAGGCGAGAAAUUCACUUUGACCUGGGCCGCUGAUGAGGAGGGAUUCAAACCCCAGGGCGCCCACUUGCCCGUUGCCCCCGUCCACGUCUACGAGCUCCCAGUUGCUCCCGUCCACGAAUACGAACUCCCAGUUGCCCCAGUUCACAUUCCAUUCAACGGAAAGGGCUACAAGAUCUAUUAAAUUAUUUGAUACCUGAUUGAAGUGAAGAGAUAAGUUAUUCUCAUGUAUUCUAUGCAAUGACAUUAUUCUUGUUGUUGACGUGAAUAUGUGUAAAAUAUAAACGACGAAGAACAUCCCAAA